GUCUUUCUCUAGAGCUGUAUAUAUAGAGCAUCCUGGAGUCCACCAUGAAUGGACAGUUGGACCUAAGUGGGAAGCUAAUCAUCAAAGCUCAACUUGGGGAGGAUAUUCGACGAAUUCCCAUUCAUAAUGAAGAUAUUACUUAUGAUGAGUUAGUGCUAAUGAUGCAACGAGUUUUCAGAGGAAAACUUCUGAGUAAUGAUGAAGUUAUAAUAAAGUAUAAAGAUGAGGAUGGAGAUCUUAUAACAAUUUUUGAUAGUUCUGACCUUUCCUUUGCAAUUCAGUGUAGUAGGAUACUGAAACUGACAUUAUUUGUUAAUGGUCAGCCAAGGCCCCUUGAAUCAAGUCAAGUGAAAUAUCUUCGUCGAGAACUGACAGAACUUCGAAAUAAAGUAAAUCGCUUAUUGGAUAGCUUGGAACCACCUGGAGAACCAGGACCUGCCACCAAUAUUCCUGAAAAUGACACUGUGGAUGGUAGAGAAGAAAAACCUGCUACUUCUGAUUCUUCUGGAAAACAGUCUACUCAAGUUAUGGCAGCAAGUAUGUCGGCUUUUGAUCCCUUAAAAAACCAAGAUGAAAUCAAUAAAAAUGUCAUGUCAGCAUUUGGCUUAACAGAUGAUCAGGUUUCAGGGCCACCCAGUGCUCCCACAGAAGACCGUUCAGGAACACCUGACAGCAUUGCUUCCUCUUCCUCAGCACCUCACCCACCAGGAGUUCAGCCACAGCAGCCACCAUAUACAGGAGCGCAGACACAAGCAGGUCAGAUUGAAGGUCAGAUGUACCAACAGUACCAGCAGCAGGCUGGUUAUGGUGCUCAGCAGCCGCAGCCUCCACAGCAGUAUGGGGUUCAGUAUUCAGCAAGCUAUAGUCAGCAGACUGGGCCCCAGCAACCUCAGCAGUUCCAGGGAUAUGGUCAGCAACCAGCUUCCCAGGCACCAGCUCCUGCCUUUUCUGGUCAGCCUCAACAACUACCUGCUCAACCUCCACAGCAGUAUCCUCCACAGCCGAGCAGUUAUCCUCCACAGACUUAUACUACUCAAACUUCUCAGCCUACUAAUUACACUGUGGCCCCUGCCUCACAACCUGGAAUGGCUCCUAGCCAACCUGGGGCCUAUCAACCAAGACCAGGUUUUACUCCACCUCCUGGAAGUACCAUGACCCCUCCUCCUAGUGGGCCUAACCCAUAUGCACGUAAUCGUCCUCCUUUUGGUCAGGGCUAUACCCAGCCUGGACCUGGUUAUCGAUAAGGGGGCUCAGCUACACUGAUAAAUGCACCUGUUUGCCUCCUGAAAGACUCCAAUACUACUACUAUUUUAUUUUAAUUUGUAUUGAAGUUCAGAAAUUUAAAAAGCAGAGCAUUUUUUAUGAUAUCAUUGUUGCUGUUCAUUGAAAAUAUAAUUUGCUGGGACACAAAAAAGACCAAAAUGAAAAUUUUCUUUUCUCCCCCUGCUUUAAAACGUAGCAGCUUCCUAAUUAUUUUAUUAUUUUGGAACACUACUCUUUAAAUCUGUGUAAAAUGAUUGACUUUCUAGCUUACCUUGUUCAAAGGAUAUUAAAAAUGAUAGGUUUAGCCAUCUGAUUUGGCUUUUUUAAUAUUAACAUGAUGUACUAAAGUAGAUCCCUUUGAGAAGACAACUAGGUAUUAUAUAUAAAAUGUAACAUUGAUAGGUUAAUAAAGAUGAUUGAAUCCAUUA